CGAGGCUCAGAAAAUGGUGACCUUCCUUGGCAGGCAUCGCUAGGGGGGCGGGGAGUAAAGGAAACCGUUCGGUGCUGUUUGGAAUGGGCUCCCCGAAUCUCUAGACCUUAGCGGAAGCGUUCCGCUCUUGGCUCGCAGGGGACCACGGUGGAGCUGGGGCUACUUCCGGGAUCAUGGCUAACAGCGAGCGUACUUUUAUUGCCAUCAAGCCAGAUGGGGUCCAGAGGGGCCUGGUUGGAAAGAUUGUUAAGCGCUUCGAGCAGAAAGGAUUCCGUCUUGUUGGCUUAAAAUUCAUGCAAGCUUCUGAAGAUCUUCUCAGAGAGCACUACAUUGAUCUGAAGGAUCGCCCUUUCUAUGGAGGCUUGGUGAAGUACAUGCAUUCUGGGCCUGUGGUAGCCAUGGUCUGGGAGGGGCUGAAUGUGGUGAAGACAGGUCGUAUGAUGCUAGGAGAGACCAACCCGGCAGAUUCCAAACCAGGGACUAUCCGUGGGGACUUCUGUAUUCAAGUUGGCAGGAAUAUUAUUCAUGGCAGUGAUUCAGUGGAGAGUGCUGAGAAGGAGAUUGGCUUGUGGUUUCAUCCUGAUGAAUUGGUUAAUUACAAGAGCUGUACUCAGCAGUGGAUCUAUGAAUGAUGUGGGGGAGGCCUGUUGAGUUUUCUCCGCUCCCACAGGCAGGGGACCAGGCUGUGGCUCUGCUUAUUUCCAAGGGCUUCCAUAUGGACUGUGGAGACUUCUGUGUUUGUCAUUAACUUUAGCUGCACAGUGUUUGCAUCCUUCUGGUUGUAUUAAAAAGUUAUUGGAGCUAU